UCUUUGGGUAAUAUAACCUAUUAUAGGACUACCCAGGGCUCUUUCUGAUACUGGGUACAGACGUGGGGAAGAUGUCAGAAAACAGGAAGCCGCUUCUGGGUUUCGUGCACAAAGUCCCCGAUGCGAAUGCAUCUGGGAACUCAGGCAAGACUCACUGCCCUUCGUGUCUGGGGCUUUUCAAAGCCCCCAGGCUCUUGCCUUGCUUGCAUACGGUGUGCACCACGUGUCUGGAAAAGCUGGAACCGUUCUCAGUAGUGGACAUCCGUGGGGGUGACUCAGACACAAGCUCUGAGGGGUCACUAUUCCAGGAACCCAAGUCACGCAGCUUGCAGCCACAGAUUGGCAUCCUCUGUCCGGUAUGUGAUGCUCAGGUGGACCUGCCCUUGGGUGGAGUGAAGGCUUUAACGAUAGACCACUUGGCCAUGAAUGACGUGAUGCUGGAGAGUCUGCGUGGGGAAGGCCAGGGCCUGGUGUGUGACCUGUGCAGCGACAGAGAAGUAGAGAAGAGGUGUCAGACCUGCAAAGCCAAUCUGUGCCACUUCUGCUGCCAGGCUCAUAGGCGGCAAAAGAAGACGAUGUAUCAUACCAUGGUGGACUUGAAAGACUUGAAAGGCUACAGCAGGGUUGGAAAGCCCAUCCUGUGUACUGCUCACCCUGCAGAGGAGCUGAGGCUGUUCUGUGAACUCUGUGACCGGCCGGUGUGUCGGGACUGUGUAGUUGGGGAACACCGAGAGCACCCCUAUGACUUCACCAGCAACGUCAUCCACAAGCAUGGAGACUCCGUGCGGGAGCUCCUUAGAGGCACCCAGCCCCACGUGGAGGCCCUGGAGGAAGCCCUGGCUCAGAUCAAAACCAUCAACAGUGGCCUCCAGGAGCGAGUGGAGGCAGUGGCAGCUGAUGUCCGAACAUUCUCUGAGGGCUACAUCAAAGCCAUCGAGGAGCAUCGGGACAAGCUGCUAAAGCAGCUGGAUGACAUACGGGUCCAGAAGGAAAACUCUCUGCAGCUGCAGAAAGCACAGCUGGAACAGCUGCUGGCUGACAUGCGGACUGGAGUGGAGUUCACUGAGCACCUGCUGACCAGCGGCUCGGACUUAGAAAUCCUCAUCACCAAGGGAGUGGUGGUAGACCGGCUCCGGAAGCUGAACACAGUUGAAUACAGCGCCCGCCCGGGAGUGAACGAUAAGAUCUGCUUCUGUCCUCAGGAGAGGGCAGGCCAGUGUCGGGGCUAUGAAGUGUACGGGGCCAUUAACACCAAAGAAGUUGAUCCAGCUAAAUGUGUCCUUCAGGGAGAAGAUCUCCACAGAGCUCGAGAGAAACAGACAGCCUCCUUUACUCUGCUUUGUAAGGAUGCUGCAGGAGAGAGCAUGGGCAAGGGAGGGGACAACGUCCAGGUGGCAGUCGUCCCCAAAGAUAAAAAAGACAGCCCAAUCAGAACAGUGGUCCAGGACAACAAGGAUGGAUCAUACCACGUGUCCUUCACCCCCAAGGAAGCUGGAGUCUACACUGUGUGGGUCUGCAUCAGAGAGCAGCACGUGCAGGGCUCACCAUUCACUAUGACUGUGAGGAGAAAGCAUCGGCCACACCCAGGGGUGUUUCACUGCUGUGCCUUCUGCUCCAGUGGAGGCCAGAAAACUGCACGCUGUGCCUGCGGUGGCACUAUGCCAGGUGGGUACCUUGGCUGUGGCCAUGGACACAAAGGACACCCAGGUCGUCCACACUGGUCUUGCUGUGGGAAGUUUAUUGAGAAGUCUGAGUGCACGUACACAGCUGGGCAGAGUGCUCCGAGGAGUCUGCUUAGGACCGUGGCUCUCUGAUGGUUCCCUGGGUUCAAGUUUAGCCAGGUAAAUCUGAAGCCAACGAGACUUAAGAUGUACAGAGGACCCAAGAGCUUGAGUAGUUCCAAAGAGACUGACAGAAUUAAAGACAAAGUGCUUUCUCUAA